UAACACGUUAAGCAAGGGGAUCUGGGAAUGUUCACAUCUUAAGUAUUAGCUCAAAUACCUUGAAAUAUUGGGGGUUUUUUACACUUUCUAUUUUAUAAAUAGCUGAUAUUUUGCUGUAGAUUCUAAGCUGUUAUGGGUGUAUUCAGUAGUAACAGAAGCACAGUUUUAAUCUUAUUUAUGAAUCCUUGUAAAAAAUGCAGCUAAAUGCCAGAUUGCUUUUAUUUGACGAUUCCCAGGGGGUUAAUCAGCAGUACUUAAAUUGAAACUAAAAUAUGUGGACAACUGUAAGAAUGGUGUAAGCAUGACUAGUUUGCAGAUACAUGUAUGAAGCUUGUGCACACUUACCUUAAUACAUGGUUUGCUGGCUUCUUUAAUGCACAUAGAGGGGUGUUUUGCCUGUUUUCUUGGGCUAGAGAAACACAUUCAGAUCACUUUGUCUCCAUGUCAGUGUUGUCUGUUUUCCUGAGGCUUUUGCUAGCAAGUGUUUGCUUUAAAGGAAGAAAAAACAUUUUUUUUUUUUAGGGGCUGAAUAACUGUGGCUUGUAUUGCUGUGCUAUUUUUCUUUUUUAUUUUUUUAAAUUAUAUAAAUGAGUGCUCAGCAUAUGCAUUUUGUUAACUCAGGAAAGUCUCUAGAAACUUUUUUGCAUCAUUUUGCAAGAUGAGGAUUUUUAUUACUUUUGAGGGAUAUUGUGUGUUUGAUAUUUCUUCAAACCAGACUAGGCAAGAUACAGAACGUGAUAAAAGUGAGAGGAUAGCUACUUAUCCAGUAUUUGCAGUGCAACUGCAGUGUUUCAAUGACAUUGAGAUCAGUUAUUUCUUUACUGCAUGCGUACUCUGUUUAGCGCCGUUGUUGCUGUUGCUCAGUGGUAAUUGUUACUUUCAAGAAGACAAGCCAGACUUGUAUGUACAGAAUGCUGUAACUCAGCAGAAAGUGCCUAUUAUGCAGAAUAUGCAUUUUCUUGGAACAAAGGUGUAAUUUUUGAAAACACUGGUAUCUCUGAAAUGUGAUUUUCCAAGUAGCAAAUAUUAUCUCAGAACUUCAAGAGGCGGGGGGAUUUAUGACUGCAACAGACCAACCUACUUCUGGAAAUCAGUGGAACUAAGUACAGCACUUCACCUGGAUGUGUGGGAUGGCUGGAAAGAAUUCUUGAUUGCAUGUCUCUUAGGAAACAAAGUACAGCAUUAUCUGUCUGAGGAAAAGCUGGUACUUAAGUGUCAAAAAGAUGUGGCUCUUUACAUGACAGCAUUUGGCCAACUUGAUCUUACUGAAUAAAUCCUGCAACAGGGAUUAGGACCUCAUGAAGUAGUUUGUGUUGAUCCUUACAGACGUUUGUGUGCGGAAACAGAGCCUACAACUGUAAGCGAAUGCCUGGUUCAUGCAGCUGCAGAGGCAGGCCAGUUAAUAACCACGGCCGUUGUCAAGUACAGUGUAAUAUAGCUUGAAUGCCAAAAUCCAGCAGGACAAAUUCCCCCUAAAAUCAAAAACAACCAUAAGGACUGUAUGUUAUAUGGGUGGGUUCCUGCUGAACCUCUAAUUUGUUUGUACAAAGUGCAUUUUCCAGCAAACCAUUAAAGACUUUCUCCUAGCAUCUGAA